AAGUGGAACGCAAUAGCGCGUACACGGUAAGUCAACUCGUUUCAAAUUAGUCAUUGAGUGAUAUCGCAAGCAGACAUGCGUUCCUUAAUCCUACUUUUCACCGUUUUCUUGAUGUCGCUAUUGGUCUGUACGACCGCGAUCAACCCCAAACGAGUGCUCAUCAACCGUCCAACUGAGCGCUAUCUAUUCAAAAGAUCGGCGCAACUGAAAGGAGCAAAACCCGAUGUCAAAGGCAACCAUCACGUACCAUCCUUAAAUCUUAGGAAGGGAGAGUAUAUAUGCGGCAACAAGGUAUGCAAACUACAACCAGGAGUAGUUCCUAAGAAUUGCAACGGAGUCUGCCAGUAUCCAGUAUAGACUGAACUGAAUUAAAAAAUAUGACGAAGAAAAAAUAUUAUACACCUAAAUAUUUUUUAUAUUAGUUAAAAAAGGUAAAAAAUUAUGUUUUUAAUUUAUUUAAAAUAAAUAUAUAAUAAUAGUCGACAUAAUUACAAAAACGUGUAUGUCAAUAGGAAAUUGUGUCUUUGGCUUCUAAGUAAAAGUUAAUUAUUUUCGUAAAUAAAUUAAAAUUUAUAAUAA